AAAAUGAUAAUACUUGGGCAACCUAACCUAAUAUAAAAAAUUAACAUUAAACACCUAAUCUAAGAGAAUUAAGAGGCAGGGAGGGUGGGUGUUGUCUUGAUGAAAAAGAGGAAGAUGCUAUUUUUGACAUGCGCAAGUGCGCAAGGAUUGGGUGAAGCAGGAUUAUUAUAUUUGGGGGAGUUAUCUCGCUUGCCACCAGGUGUGCAUUCUUUUUCGAUAAAUGAAACUUACCACACAGGAUAGUAAGUUCACAUAUUACUAAUAUAAAAAAGAUAGCCCAUUUGCAAAAUUCAUUUACUCAUCAGUUAAUGUUUUAAGGUAUUCUGCACAAAGAGGUUUUUUGGCUAGAUGCCAUGUACUCAACACGUAAAUAAUGUACAAAAUACAAUUCAAACCCGGAUAUAAGUUUACUUCUUCUUGUUAAAGUCGUAUUUAGGGACAGAGAACUUUCUUCACAGUGUAACAGUUUAUGUUCACUGAUAACAUUUGUUGUCGAUAUAAAAUGGAGACGAUAGUUGGUUUGUUGUUUAUAGGACUUGUGUCCGGAGCUUCGUGUUUCCUCACGGACACCGGGGGUUCACGAGGACACUAUGCAAUGUACGUAUGGCGAACUGGGUUCGAUCCCAACGUACACGGGUGUGACCAAACAGACUUUCUGGACUGGAAUAGCAAACAUAGCCAUUGUUUUACACACACGUGGAACUCUCCAGACAAGAGACAAUGGCUGUGGAAUACGUGCAACCUUCCUGGACGUGAAAUCUCCAGUAUAUUUUUAGCUGAUGUUUAUCACAAACUAAAAGCCGGUUUCCUCGCCAACGACUGCGAUUCCUCCGAUAUCACCUUGUUAAGAACAACCUUGUCGGAGGGUCAUAGCCGCGUUACAAACCUGAAGAUUUACGCCCUAUUUGCGGCCAGUGACAUCGAAGUUUCGGAGAGGCACAUGGUUCCCUAUGUCGUGUGGUAUAAUGAUAACUGUGCACAUACAGACCAGGAAAAGUUUGACGGUGUUGCUGUUAACAAUGAGGCGUAUGCCGCCAUAAAAUGCUCCAGCGACUUGAACCAGAGGACGACUUACUUGGACCGUCUUCAGGAAAUACACGAUGGCGCUCAGAAACAGCGCCACGGCCGGCUGCUGACGCAUUUCUCUGUAAGCUGGCACUGGGGUCAGUGUAAUGGACACAGCCAGCCCUUUCUCUGGCGCGGGAAAACAUCUGACGCAUCACAUCACAUGAUCGAUAUUUUUGACAGUAUUGAUGUCCAGGUUGGAUACACGACGUUUCCUCAGAUUAAUGAGAGGAUGGACCUCGCCGGACUGAACUACUCCCGUCUCCUCAACAAACAAAGUUUUGUUACUUUCUACACUGAUAAGACAGAGCCUUGUCAGAUCACCUUCUUCCCCCAGACCUGCAGGUGGAGCGGGAGGUCGGAAUCAAACCUAUUCAGUGUCAUUGACCAGUUUCCUCAGAACGGGCUUAGUGGGAUUCAGCCCUGCAUCCACUACUUCAGAGGCGUGUAUUCCAGUGGAGGGCAUCCCGACUGGCCCGCCCAUUCCAACCAUUAAUUGGUGCAUUUCUGUAGGAUUCAUUAAGAAAAUUAUAACCCCCACCUCCUUUUUGUAAGAGUAUUGAUAUUUUUGUUGUUUUAGAAGAAGACUGAACUUCUACAGUAUUUUCCAAUUUAUAUAUCAAUACUUCAUGGAAUGGAUCGAAUUGUUUUUGGAAUAAAAAAAUAUGUAAUUAUAUAUAAGUA